UAAGUAAUGGCUAUGCAGAUGCAGCUUGAAGCAAAUGCAGGUACUUCAGUGGAAGAAGAGAGCUUUGGCCCACAACCUAUUUCUUGAUUAGAGCAAUGUGGCAUACACGCCAAUGAUGUGAAGAAAUUGGAAGAAGCUGGAUUCCAUACUGUGGAGGCUGUUGCCUAUGCACCAAAAGAACUAUUAAAUAUUAAGGGGAUUAGUGAAGCCAAAGCUGAUAAAAUUCUGACUGAGGCAGCUAAAUUAGUUCCAAUGGGUUUCACCACUACAACUAAGUUCCACCAAAGGCGGUCUGAGACCAUACAGAUUACUACCGGCUCCAAAGAGCUUGAAAAACUACUUCAAGGAGGAAUUGAGACUGGAUCCAUCAUAGAGAUGUUUGGAGAAUUCCAAACUGGGAAGACCCAGAUCUGUCAUACGUUGGCUGUAACAUGCCAGCUUCCCAUUGACCAAGGUGGAGGUGAAGGAAAGGCCAUGUACAUUGACACCGAGGGUACCUUUAGACCAGAACGGCUGCUAGCAGUGGCUGAGAGAUAUGGCCUCUCUGGCAGUGAUGUCCUGGAUAAUGUAGCAUAUGCUCGAGGGUUCAACACAGACCACCAGACCCAGCUCCUUUAUCAAGCAUCAGCCAUGAUGGUAAAGUCCAGGUAUGCACUGCUAAUUGUAGACAGUGCCACCGCCCUCUACAGAACAGACUAUUCGGGUCGAGGUGAGCUUUCAGCCAGGCAGAUGCACUUGGCCAGGUUUCUGCGUAUGCUUCUGCGACUUGCUGAUGAGUUUGGUGUAGCAGUGGUCAUUACCAACCAGGUGGUAGCCCAAGUGGAUGGAGCAGCCAUGUUUGCUGCAGAUCCUAAAAAACCUGUUGGAGGAAAUAUCAUUGCUCAUGCCUCAACAACAAGACUGUACCUGAGAAAAGGAAGAGGGGAAACCAGAAUCUGCAAAAUCUAUGACUCUCCUUGUCUUCCUGAAGCUGAAGCUAUGUUUGCCAUCAAUGCAGAUGGAGUAGGAGAUGCCAAGGACUGAAUCGUUUUUUUUCCUGUGAUAAACCUUAAGUGCCGCAGCCUAAUGGAGAGUACUGCUCCCUGAGGUUCUUCACAGGCCUCUUCCUGUUGUGACUGCCAGGAAAAGGCUUCCAGGAAAACAGCUAUUAUAUCGGCUUUUCUUAUGAUGUAAACACGAGACAGGUCAGUAGUCACAAGCUGAUCUGAAAUGUUUAUUCCUUCUAGAGUAUAUUAAUCUCUAUGUGAAUUCUUUGGUUUGGGGGUGUAGGUAUGAAGUACCUUUGACAUCAUGGUGCCUUGGGGUAGACUCAGGACUAACUGCUAUUGGCCAAUCUUAUGUCUCUAAGAGAACUAACUAAAACUGGAGAGACCUGACUUCUCUCGCUGUCUGAAUAAUGUUGGGGGAAAAAAUGCCUGAGCUAUGUGGCAAAGGGAGUGGGUCUCCUCACAGGUUUUUUUUUUUUUUCUGUCAGUAAAACUCUUAAAUCAGAAGCAGGUAAAGUUUGUGUGUCUGAAUUAGCUUAUAUAAGAAUGUUUUUUUUAGAUAAGGGGUAUUGAGUAGGCCUGGGCUACCAGCCCUUCACCAUCUACUCUUUUUUAAUGCUAAGAGCAAUUCAAGAUAGUUCUGGAAUCUAAACAUUUCAGAAGCUCUUCAAGUAAGUAGAUUCAACGUGGGACUGCUAAUAAAGUAGUUAUCUGUAGUGAAUGUACUGUUUAUAGGAGUUAUUCUGGUACAAGCUGAAUAUUUCAGGAUAGGGCCU